GCGCGAGGCCCUCCUCCCGUCUCUCCGCCUACUCCAACCUCCGCCGCCUCAGCAUCCCGAGCGAGCCUUGCGGCCGCCGGAACAGCUCCCGCGGCGGAGCAGGAGCCGGAUGGUCAGAGGAGCUCGGCAGUCACAGCAGACGCGGAGUCGCCUGGCCCCCAGACUGACUGGCACAGUGGAGAAACCACCUCGAAAAAGGAAAAGCAGGACUGAAUUUACUCUUAAAGAAACCAUGUCCUCUGGAGGUGCUGAAGAUGACAUCCCACAGGGAGAGCGGAAAACAGUUACAGAUUUCUGUUAUCUUUUGGAUAAAUCCAAGCAGCUGUUCAAUGGGUUAAGAGAUUUGCCGCAGUAUGGACAGAAGCAGUGGCAGUCCUACUUUGGAAGAACUUUUGAUGUUUACACCAAACUCUGGAAAUUCCAGCAACAGCAUCGACAAGUCUUGGACAAUCGGUAUGGCUUGAAGCGGUGGCAAAUAGGGGAAAUUGCUUCCAAGAUUGGGCAGCUGUAUUACCACUAUUAUUUACGAACAUCUGAGACCAGCUAUCUGAAUGAGGCCUUCUCUUUCUACUCUGCGAUCAGACAGAGAUCAUACUACUCUCAAGUUAAUAAAGAGGACAGGCCUGAGUUGGUUGUUAAGAAACUCCGAUACUAUGCAAGAUUCAUAGUAGUUUGUCUUCUUCUUAACAAAAUGGAUGUUGUGAAAGAUCUGGUAAAGGAAUUGUCUGAUGAAAUUGAAGAUUAUACUCAUCGCUUUAAUACUGAAGAUCAAGUAGAGUGGAACCUGGUGCUUCAAGAGGUGGCAGCAUUUAUUGAGGCGGACCCUGUGAUGGUGUUAAAUGAUGAUAACACCAUUGUUAUCACAUCCAAUCGCCUCGCUGAAACAGGAGCUCCAUUGCUGGAGCAAGGCAUGAUUGUGGGACAGUUGUCUCUAGCUGAUGCACUCAUUAUUGGUAAUUGUAAUAAUCAGGUUAAAUUCAGUGAAUUAACUGUUGACAUGUUCCGGAUGUUGCAAGCCUUGGAGAGGGAGCCAAUGAAUUUAGCAUCCCAGAUGAAUAAACCAGGAAUACAGGAAUCAGCUGACAAGCCCACCAGACGAGAAAACCCCCACAAGUAUCUGCUCUACAAACCAACCUUCAGCCAGCUAUAUACUUUCUUAGCAGCAUCUUUUAAGGAGCUGCCUGCCAAUAGUGUGCUUCUGAUUUACCUGUCAGCCACUGGUGUUUUCCCCACAGGUCGUUCUGAUGGUGAAGGUCCUUACGACUUUGGAGGUGUACUUACUAAUAGUAACCGGGACAUUAUAAAUGGAGAUGCAAUCCACAAACGAAAUCAGUCCCACAAGGAAAUGCACUGCCUUCAUCCUGGAGAUCUCUAUCCAUUCACAAGAAAACCCCUGUUCAUCAUCGUGGACUCCUCCAACAGUGUUGCCUACAAGAAUUUCACAAACUUAUUUGGACAGCCACUCGUCUGCUUGCUUUCUCCCACGGCAUAUCCAAAAGCUUUGCAAGAUCAGUCUCAGCGAGGUAGCCUCUUCACUCUCUUUUUGAACAAUCCUCUAAUGGCCUUCCUAUUUGUCUCUGGAUUGUCAAGCAUGCGUAGAGGCCUGUGGGAAAAGUGUCAAGAAUAUCUUCGAAAAAUCAACCGUGAUAUUGCCCAGCUACUGACCCAUUCACGUUCCAUAGAUCAGGCCUUUCUCCAGUUUUUCGGAGAUGAGUUUCUUCGAUUGCUUCUCACAAGGUUUGUCUUCUGUUCAGCCACCAUGAGGAUGCACAAGGCCUUUCGGGAAACUCGAAAUUACCCAGAAUCCUAUCCACAACUGCCAAGGGAUGAAACUGUGGAGAAUCCUCACCUUCAGAAGCAUAUUUUAGAGUUGGCCUCCAUUCUGGAUGUUCGGAACACCUUCUUUGAGAAGUCUAUGGACGACUAUUAGAGCCUCCUGUUUAACAGCUUUCGCCUUCCACGGGCUUUAGACGGUGCAGUUUUUAUGUAAUGACAGAGAUCAUUAUUCAGUUUUUGUUUUUGUUUUGUUUGUUUUGUGUGUGUGUGAAUUUAGGAACCACCAUUUUAAAAGCAAACUGAAAAAAAGUUCAAACUUUUAGAAUAACUUUUAAAAUACAGUCUUUCAAGUCUUUUAAAGUCUCAAUCUUGAAAUUUUUAUUUUUUGGUUUUGAAAUUAGAUACUUACUUCCAAUAUCUAAUCCUACAUUCAGAUAGGUAUUAUUGCCUCCCUAAGAAGAAUAAAUUGUUUAUUUUUACAUAAUGAGAAUAAUUCAGAAGUUAUACUUGGACCUUUAAAUGUCUGGAUUUAGGAAAUCCAGAGGUGAAACUGGCCACAUGGGCUACUGAAAAUCAAGAGCAGAGCCCUUCUGUGGAGUUUCUUUCCCUGCACGAUAAUAGGUAGGAAAAUAAUGUACAAAUGGAUUUCUUGAGAUCACUAAAUUUCAUUAAAUGUUUUCAAACUUUUAGAAUCUGUUUAGGGUUGAUUUACAUCUGGAAAUUAAAUAUUCACUUGGAACUUUGAGGUUACAGAGCUUACUUAGAAUGUGAAUAUAUUAUCAUGAGAUUUGUUUGUAUAUUUUAUUUUCUCUCUCUCUCUCUCUCUC